AACUGCGCCGUCAUGCCUCCGACUCGUCAUCCCCUUGACAUUCCUGGGGAAGAUAUCGCUCAGGAAUACAACUACGAUCUGGGUACCGCGAUUUUCGCUGUCAACGAGAUGUACUCAAAAAGAUCUGGCGUCAGAGGUUUGGUGUCUGUUACCCUGAAAGGACGCUGGAAUGUGCUACACUCCAGCGACAGGGUGGACUUCUUCGAACGGUGUGUGUCAGACCCGAGCGCUGGUUCAUUCGGCAGCUAUACAGAGGUGUGCCCGAACGGCCGCUCCGACGGCAAGAGCAUAUAUCAGCUUACUUACUCAAUUGACCACGCCUCCGUGCUCUGCCACGCCCCGGGCUCCACACGCGCAUUAGCCUACGACAACGAGGACGCACUGGCUGUAAAGCUAUGUUCUUCAAAAGGUGAUGGAUUCCCCGAUUUGAAGCUCGGCGUCGCUGCGUACGACAUCGACUAUGACGACCAUGACAACGAGUGCGCAUCCCUGAACAGAUUCGGCCGGCACAGCCGCCUGAAGCAGAUCAAGAAGGUGUUGGACUACAUGCGGCUCUAUCUCGGCGAGAGCUUUAACGUGAAGGAGUGCGCAGACUACGAGGGCUGAAUGAAGUUUUGUCUGAGCCACGUUCCCGUCCGAUGCCGUCCCUGAAUGAUGCGGCCAAAUUUACAGUGUGAAAAUUUAAAAAAAAAUGUGCAACUUCAGUGAGA